AUGAAGUUCUCCAUUGUUGCUGUGGCCUUAUUUUUUGGCAUUGCUUACGCCGCCCCGUUUUUGCGACUGGAAGGUCGGGCUAUUGAAGUUGAAACCAUUAGCCACGUCGAGAACAAGACACCUGUAACUGACGGUGAUCCGUACGGUCCAUUUAAGUCCAGAAGAGCCGUCGAGGAGGAGGAGGAGGAGGAGAAUGAGGUUCGCUCCUUGGAUGAUAGCUUGGAGGAGAGGGACCCGAAAGACAAUAGAAAUGGAGCAGCACGAGCACCUAUUUUUACAGGUGACCCUGUCUUCCACGGAUGA